AUGGCUACUCUAGAUGAGAAAAAGGAUGUCGAUACAGCUACAGACCUAACAAAUGAUGUUGUGCCUUCGCCUUCAUCGAGUAGCGUUGCUGAGGCAGUCGGUAUUGACGAAAAGUCACUGCUACGCAAGUUGGACUAUCGAUUGUUGCCGCCAUUGACCUUGCUGUAUCUGUUAUCAUUUCUUGAUAGAAGCAAUGUUGGAAACGCCAAACUUGAAGGAAUGACUACUGAUCUCGGAAUUUCUGGGGAUCAAUAUCUCAAUGGUCUAACUCUAUACUUCGUCGGUUACGUUCUAUUCGAGAUUCCAUGCAACAUCAUCCUCAAGAAGGCUACGCCGAGAGCAUGGUUGCCCACAUUGACUCUGAUCUGGGGUAUCGUCGCCACGCUUUUAGGAGUGGUCCAGAAUUACUCCGGGUAUCUUGCCUCGAGAUUCUUUCUGGGUGUUGCUGAAAGUGGCCUCUUCCCAGGAGUUGUCUACUAUAUCUCCAUGUGGUAUAAGCGGAAUGAGCAGCAUUAUCGUGUUAGUCUCUUCUUCAGUGCUGCUAGUCUUGCUGGUGCAUUUGGUGGCAUUUUGGCAUGGGGUAUCGCGCAUAUGAGUGGUACUGGAGGCUAUAGUGGUUGGAGAUGGAUUUUUAUUCUUGAGGGAUUGGUAACAGUACUUGCCUCCGUCAUCGCCUAUUUCUGGGUCUACAACUAUCCCUCGACCGCAGAAUUUUUGUCAAAUGAGGAACGAGAGUUUAUUCAGUUCCGAUUAAAACAUGACAGUGAUGCCGCACAGGACGAGAGCUUCACCUGGUCAGCUGUUCUAGAUGCAUUUAAAGACCCCAAAGUGUGGCUAUACUGUGCUGGCUUCCAUACCAUGUCACUACCUCUAUAUACGCUUUCCCUUUUCUUACCUACGAUCAUCAAGGAACUCGGAUACUCAUCAGCUCAAGCCCAGCUGCUAUCCGUACCACCCUAUGCUGUGGCUUUUGUCAUGACACUUACUGUUGCCAUUGCAUCAGAGAAACUCCGCAUUCGUGCCCCUUUCAUAAUGGGCACAUCGGCCCUUGCAUGCAUCGGAUACAUUCUACUCUUAUCAGACCAUGAAGCGGGUGUGUCAUACUUGGGGACUAUCUUUGCUGCUGGUGGUAUCUAUCCUUCGGUCGCGAUUGUGUUAUCUUGGCCUGCGAAUAAUGUUUCCGGGCAAACAAAGCGAUGCAUCGCUAAUGCUCUGCAGAUCAGUGUGGGCAAUAUCGGUGCUGUGAUCGGAACGCAGCUGUAUCGUACGGAAAGUAGUCCACGCUUUUUCCUAGGACAUGGAUUUGCGCUUGGAUACCUGAUUGCUAAUAUCUUCGUCGUGGGAAUUUUGUGGCUUGUUUUACGUAGGGAGAACAAGGCCAAGGCUGUAGAGAUGGAAGCCAAAGAACUGAGGCCGUUUGGUGGAGACGUUGGAGAUGGAGACGGAGAGUUUCUAGGCGACAAGGAUCCUAGAUGGGUGUUCCAAACAUAG